CAGAAGGAAUGAAGUCACACAAAGAAGAUGACAAUGCUGCAUGUUGUGAGAUAUGUGGUGCUAUUGGUUGGAAAGAAGUACUACUUACUUGUUCUAAAUGCAAAGGAGGACAUGAACAUGCUUAUUGCACGAAAUUUCAUACCUUAAUAAUUCCAGAAUAUUGGGUCUGUGAGGCUUGCGGAUCCAAGUGUGUGUCAACUUCGCCACUUAAAGAGGAUCAGGGUAUUGGCUCAAGGGCUUCUAAAAUGUAUCAAAGAAACAAAACUGCAAAAGUGAAGUUACUUACAGAGGAUGAAGUCAUUAGACUCUCUUCUGGAGCAAGUCAUCCUGUUUCAUCUGCUAAUGUACUUGGGAAACAUCAAAGAAAUGAUGAAAUACACAAGAAAACAAUGACUAGUAAACAUGCUUCUUGUUCGUUAUCAAAAGGACCAACAAAGGAGUGUGUAGAAGAAAAUCAACAGUCCCUUGGUAGAGUGAUAGCUGAUCAUAAUAUUCAAGACUAUUAUUCUCUGAAGGAAGAGCUUGCAAACAAGGCACCUUUUGAAGCUUCAUCAACAAGAAAUUCUUCCCCUUUUGCUGAUUUAGGACCAUCAAAGAUAUGUUUAGGAAAAAACCAGCGACCAAUGGGUGGAGUGACACCUGCUAAAAAAGUUCAAAUCCAUGAUCCUCAGAAAGAGAAGCCUACAAAAGCGGCACCUUUUGAAGCUUUACUCGCAAGAAAAUCUUCCCCUAUUGUCGGCUCAGGUGGUAUCCCUUGUGUUAAUGAUGACGGUAAACAGUUCACCAUUAAAAAAUAUGACAAGAGUAUUCAGCAAAGCUUAAACCUUGAUUGUAAAUUUUUACCGUGUUCAAUUACUACUUGGAGGGGUCAAUUCCAAAUUCUUCAUACUGCUGCACCUACCAAGUUUUAUGAUGGGUUUGAAGCCCAACCACCAUUCAUUGUUAAUGGGAAAGCAUUUGCAUUUUCGAGAGAAAUGCCAUCGGUUCUUCAAUUGGAGUCCCGUCCUGCUUUGAAGGUCUUGAUUGACAUAUUCCAAGAUGAUUCUCCUAAGCUUCAGGAUAUUGCACUGUACUUCUUUCCAUCAGAACAAACUGAGAGGUCAAGAAUGAACCUGAAUAGUAUAUUGAAGCUUAUGAAAGAUGAAAAAACAAUGCUGAGAAGUUAUAUUAAUGGAGUGGAGUUGCUGAUGUUUACCUCAAAUCAACUUGGCAUGGACUCAAGGGGUGCUAUUGCUGCAAUAAACGAUGGACAUUUCCUGUGGGGAUUAUUUCGCAAAAGGAAAAUUGAUAAAACUAUUGAAAGAGUACCUAAAUUGGAGCCACUUGAUAUGGACUUUGAUAUGUCUGGAGGGAAGGAUGCGAUGGGAAGAACUUGUCACCUUGGACUAGUUACACCCAAAUUGGAGUUUGAUAACAAUCUGGGUGUUCCUCCAGGCUUUGAAGAAUAACCAAAACGUCUUCAUGAAACUUGCUGCGGAAGAUCAGGGCCUAACAGCACAUUAUUUGAGACCUUCCAGAUGGUGCAGUGAACAAACUUCACUAGUUGAAGUAAAAUAUCACUAGGUGUUACUAUACUACAACAUUUGUUUGCUCAGUUUCUGAACCCAGUUAAAAAUAUCUCCAGGUUUAGCUUGUGUGCGAAUUUGAGAAGUUUGUUCUGAAAGAUGCAAAUUGUAUUCACUCUAUCUAAAAGAUUGUUACAGUUCUAUUCUACAUCAGAAUACAUAAAGUAAGUUACACUGCAGUAGAGAGUGGUUUGGAGCAA